AUUGCAACGCUGACUGUUAAAAUUUUGACAAUUUUUAUCUCCAGAUCAUAACACAAGCAACUUUUCGAUUCCCUUCAAAUAAUAAAGAUGUUUUUAACAAGGAGCGAAUACGAUAGAGGGGUAAAUACCUUUUCUCCUGAAGGCCGUCUCUUUCAAGUUGAAUAUGCAAUAGAAGCCAUUAAAUUAGGUUCCACAGCAAUCGGAAUAUGCACAAGCGAAGGGGUUGUUUUGGCAGUUGAAAAACGUAUAACUUCUCCUUUAAUGGAGAGCACAACUAUUGAAAAAAUUGUGGAAAUUGAUAAACAUAUUGGAUGUGCUGUUUCUGGGUUAAUGGCUGAUUCAAGAACAAUGAUUGAUAGAGCCAGGGUAGAAUGUCAAAAUCAUUGGUUUAUCUACAAUGAAAGCAUGAGUGUUGAGUCUUGUGCUCAAGCAGUCUCAAAUCUAGCGAUUCAAUUUGGUGAUUCAGAUGAUGAUGGGGCUGCGAUGUCACGUCCGUUUGGUGUGGCUAUAUUAUUUGCGGGAAUCGAUGAAAAAGGGCCCCAACUGUAUCAUAUGGAUCCAUCAGGAACAUUUGUUGAAUUCGACGCCAAAGCUAUUGGUUCAGGCUCAGAAGGCGCUCAGCAGAGCUUACAAGAAAUGUAUCAUCGCAGUAUGACUUUGUCAGAAGCUACUAUUGCUUCUUUGACCAUUUUAAAACAAGUCAUGGAAGAAAAACUUAAUUCGUCGAAUGUUGAGGUGAUGACUAUGACGCCUGAUAAAAUGUUUCAUAUGUUUACUAAAGAACAGGUGGAGGAGGUAAUUAAAAAUAUUGCUUAGUAA